GUAUAAGAAUCCUUACCUUCCUCUUCGUCCCUCCGGGUUGGUCAUGUACCGUGUAAACAUCGUCAGCACAAAUCCGAGCGUGUCAGCGUGCAGCAGCAGUAGCAGCAGUGGAACCGGCAGUGUCAGCAGUAACGUUGCAAUUCUUCAGCAAGCGCCGCAAAUCCUUGGAAUCGCCGGCGGAAGCACAACAAUCCUGGCGGGCCAAUCUGGAACGGCGACGCUGCCGAUCGGAACGAUAGUGAGCAUACAGCAGCCCCAGCAGCCGUCCCAGCAGCAACAGAACCAGCCCGCCACGGCAACGAUAAUCGGCUUGAGCGCUAGUACGCUCAGUGCACUGAAUGCGGCAACGGCGGUUGGGGCGGGUGGUGGAGCCACGAUAGCGAGCGGUGGUGCAACGAUCACCCCGGUAACGGCAGGGGCGGUUGGCGGUGGUGCGACAGUGGUCGCCAAUCAGCUGCUGAAGGUGGCCGCCGGUAACAACAACAGCAUUAGCAUCCUGAAGAUCGGUGAUGACAUCAUGCUGAAAGCGGUGAAAGUGGAACCCCUGCCGAGUGAUACGGGUGGUGGGGGUGGCGGAAUGGCGGCCACGACGGCCACCAGCACCGGAAGUAGUGCCGGUGUCACUGCUGCCAACACCGUUACCGUCACAACGAUCCCACCGGCUAAUGGUGGCAGUGGACAUGUUGUCUUCGGCGGCAAGCGAAGGCAUGAAAGCAAUGAAGAAUGGAUAUCCUCACCUAGUCCCGGUAGUGUGCAAGGAUCGGCACCACCACUGAGCCCGUCACCCGGCUCGCAAAGUCACACCUAUACCAACACCAUGUCGAACGGAUACUCAUCGCCAUUGUCCAGCGGCAGCUACGAUCCAUACAGUCCAAAUGGGAAAAUGGGACGGGAAGAUUUGUCCCCGUCGAGCAGUCUGAACGGUUACACCGGCGAUGGCAGUGAGGCGAAGAAGCAGAAAAAAGGCCCAACACCCCGACAGCAGGAGGAACUUUGUCUCGUGUGUGGUGACCGGGCAUCUGGCUAUCACUACAAUGCGCUUACCUGCGAAGGCUGCAAGGGGUUCUUCCGGCGCAGUGUCACCAAGAAUGCGGUCUACUGCUGCAAGUUUGGUCACGCGUGCGAGAUGGACAUGUACAUGCGACGCAAGUGCCAGGAGUGCCGGUUGAAGAAGUGUCUCGCAGUCGGUAUGCGGCCGGAGUGCGUCGUGCCAGAAAACCAGUGCGCCAUCAAGCGGAAGGAGAAGAAAGCGCAGAAGGAAAAGGAUAAGGUGCAGACGAACCCUUCCACCACCGUCAGUACAACGAACAGCAGCUACAAGUCGGAACUGCUGCCGGUAUUAAUGAAGUGUGAAUCACCGCCCACCGCCGCGAUACCGCUACUGCCGGAGAAACUGUUGAACGAAAAUCGACAAAGAAAUAUACCUCUGCUGACGGCUAAUCAGAUGGCCGUCAUCUACAAACUCAUCUGGUACCAGGAUGGGUACGAGCAACCGUCGGAGGAAGAUCUCAAGAGGAUAAUGAUUAACUCACCGAACGAGGAGGAAGAUCCCCACGAAAUCCACUUCCGGCACAUAACGGAAAUCACCAUUCUCACAGUACAACUUAUCGUCGAGUUCGCGAAGGGACUGCCAGCAUUUACCAAGAUUCCGCAGGAGGAUCAAAUUACGUUACUAAAAGCGUGCUCCAGUGAGGUGAUGAUGUUGCGAAUGGCCCGCCGGUACGACGCCGAAACCGACUCCAUCCUCUUUGCCAACAACCGAUCGUACACGCGCGACUCCUACAAGAUGGCGGGCAUGGCGGACACGAUCGAGGACCUGCUACACUUCUGCCGGCAGAUGUACACCCUGACGGUGGAUAACGUGGAGUACGCCCUUCUUACCGCAAUCGUCAUCUUCUCCGAUCGACCCGGUCUCGAGAAGGCCGAACUGGUUGAGACGAUCCAGAGCUACUACAUCGAUACGCUGCGCGUCUACAUCCUCAACCGGCACGGGGGCGAUCCGAAGUGUAGCGUCACGUUCGCGAAGCUCCUUUCCAUACUGACCGAGCUGCGGACGCUGGGCAACCAGAACUCGGAGAUGUGUUUCUCGCUCAAACUGAAGAACCGUAAGCUGCCUCGGUUUCUGGAGGAGAUCUGGGACGUGCAGGAUAUACCGCCGGUUGGAUUGGCCAAACAUCAGGAGCUGGUCGCGCAACAGCAACAGCACCAGCACCAUCAACAGUCGGACAAUCCGAACGCUUCCUCAAUGGCAUCCACCUCGUCCAACAUUGUCGUCGUGCCCAACACUAAUGUACAGCUUGGGCAGAUGCAGCAGCAGCAGCAGCAGCAGCAGCAGCAACAACAGCAACAACAACCACCCAGUCAGCUACAGCAGAUGCACAGUAAUGGUGGUGUGAGUGCGCUUACACCCGUGGUCGGUACUAACGUGGGGAUGAGUAAUGGGACCGUGAAUGGGGGCAGUAGUAGCAGUAGUAAUAGCAGCAACGGUGCUAACAAUAAUAGCAGCAGCAGCAGUAGUAGUAGUAGUGGCAGCACGACAAACAGCAACAGUAGUGGUACUAGCAACGGACUGCUCUCCACUAUCGGAAUGCUCGAUCACGUAUAGCUAGCGUAGGGCACGGUGUCGCCCUCGGUUGUCGGCACCGUUACCGUCGUCGACUCUUUGCCCGGGGACGUACUGUUUGACAGUCACCAUCCGCUGGCAGGACUCGUCGGUGGUGACGGUGGCGAUCGCGUCGACGAUGUCGCCAAUGACGACGGGGCGAACACCGGUGCAAGCGUCUUCCCAGACGACGACAUUCUAUUUAUCGUAGAGAGUUAAUUUAUUUUACCGUUAUCAUCCACUCCUCCUGAGCGAGUGUGUG